GGGGAUAUGGCUCAGUGUCCGAGUGCCCUUGAGUUCAAUCCCCCGGUACCCACCCCCCAAAAAAAGGAAAGGUGCUAAGGGAUCCCAGUACCACACAUGGCAGGCUGUCUUCUCCAGUAUUCAGCUCGGAAAAGGGCCCCAUUUUCAGGAAGCCCUGCCCUCUUCUGCUCAGGCUGCCUUUAAGAACCAGGUUCCCUUGUUUCUGUUCUCUAUCUGAGGGAGCCCUUUCUCAAUACCUUUUCUCUUUUUCUGGUACUGGGGAUUGAACCCAGGGGCAUUCAACUACUGAGUCACAGCCACAUCCCCAGCCCUUUUUAUUUUGAGACAGGGUCUCACUAAGUUGCCAGAUUUGGCUUUGAACUUGCAAUCCUCCUGCCUCAGCCUCCAGAGAUGCUGGGAUUACAGGCCUGUGCCACCACUCCCAGCCCAAUACCUUCUUUAACAGAAGCCACAGCUUGACCUCUUCCCCAUCAGGCCCUCAGUUUUCCCCUGCAGUAAUAUUGCUUGCCCACGGGAAUGAGAUCAUAUACUCCACUGAAGUCUGAUAAGGCCCCAUCCUUAUGAGACUUUAUAUGUCACCUGGGCUUGUCUGAAGGUGUGCACUGGCCAGCACUAUCCUUCCCCUGAACUGUGCAGUGGUCCUGAGAGCAGAAUUGAGGCACAAAAAUGUCCAACCCUCCAGCCCCAGUCAAACUUCUCAGUAUGCAAAGGGCAAAGAGGACAUGCACCAGGGAGCCCACAUUUCUGUGAGCAGUGUCUUCAGCUGGUCCGGGUAGCAUUUUUGGGGUGUGAUGGUGAGGAGGGGGCUGAAAGCAAUGGAGCAGCAUGGAGGUGUCCCUGAGAGAUGGCCUCUUUCUCUGCAGGUCCUUCCGUGGCUACUUAGGGAUUCUGGGGGGUAUGAUCUGUGCACAAAGACCAGUCCAGAAGUCUACCUAUCCUAAGACACCUCCUGUCACCCCAAACCCACAGACAAACUGAACCUGCAACUCAGAAAUCAGACCAGCCCACAGCUCAGCAGCCAUGGCUGUCGGGGCGAUUUGCAGGGAAAAGCACAAAAUCAUCUGAAUGGGAAGAGUGUACACAGGAGACCGACGCCUAGUGGUCCAGUGGAGUAAUUAAGGGCGGAGGGGAGGCUGCUGUAAGGAUGGCCCUCUUGGCCACCCUCUAAUCGCUAGCGCCAUCACCGCGAAGUCCAAUCACACCCGCCUCACACAUUGCUUUCGCGUAGCUCCUGCCUGCAGCAGGCGCUGCCCUUCUCCGCCCCCACAACUGGUCAGUUGAUUGGCGGAGACGUCCGCACAGUCCCCGCCCCUGCUAAGGCAUCGUCCCCAGGGGCGCAGGACCCUUGUCUCCACUUGCAGACUCCAACUCCUGCGCCCGGAGAGCCGGGGAGAGUCGCCGGCACCUAGACGGUCGCAGCCUGUGGGGUCGCUGCUCUCCCUCCUGGACCUGACACUUCAACCCCACUUCUGCUGGCCUUUCCCAGCGGUCCAGGGAACGAGACCCAGCGGAUCGGCUAUUCCCCGGCCCACUUUAUUGCCUGUGGCCCGGGAUGGACGCCGCAGGCGGCGACCCCACAGCCACCCAGGAGUUGGAGUCAGCGGACGUGCCCCUCUGCCCGCCGCUGCCCUGGCCCUGUCCGGCAGACGUGCGGCUCUGCGGCCACCUACGGAAGCAGAAGUCCCAGCGCCGCCGGUUCUUCGUGCUGCGGGAGGACCCGCCGCGCCUCGAGUGCUAUGAGAGUGAGAAGAAGUUCCGCUCCGGCUGUAGCGGCGGGGCGCGGCCCCGGCGCAGCGUGAGCCUGGCGGGCGCGUGCACCAUCAGCAAGCGCGCGGACGCGCGCCAGCGCCACUUGAUCGUUCUCUACACGCACGACAGCAGCCUGGGCGUCGCAGCCGCCAGCGAGGCGGAGCAACAGGUGUGGUACAAUGCCAUGCUCGAGGUGCGCGCCGCCGCCGCCGCCGCCACCGCCGCCACCGCCGCCGCCACCGGUCCCAGCUCCCACGAAGACCCCGGGGCCUCCAUCCUCGCUCCUUUCCAGGACGUCUGGCCUGUGACGCUGCGGCCCAAGGGUCUGGGGCGAACACGAGGCCUGGGCAGCGGCGACUACCGCCUAUGCCUGGGUUCCGGGUCCCUGAGCCUACUGCGGAAGCCAGGGGGCAGAGGACCCCGGGACACCCAGGCAUUGUCGCCACCCGCCCUGCGUCUGUCCCUGCUCAGCGUGCGCCGCUGCGGCCACGCAGACUCUUUCUUCUUCCUGGAGCUUGGCCGCUCGGCGCCCACAGGUCCCGGGGAACUGUGGCUGGAGGCACCCGAUUCUGUAGUGGCCCAAAGCAUCCACGAGACAGUCCUGGCCGCUAUGAAGAGACUCGGAGGCAGUGGUGCCAGUGGCAGGCCUGAGCCACCGUCCAGGGAUCCUCCAAAGAGCAUCUCCAGACCCCCUGUCCCCCAACCUUAUGAAUCUCCAGCCUCUGCAGCCCAGUCAAGAGGCUUGGUUGAGAGGAUGGAGCAAGCAACCCUUAAGACCUUUGCAAGGCUGGGAGUGGCAGCUUCGUACCCCAAGGAGUCCGAUGGGGGUGCGAGCUACAUUACUAUGGGAGCCAGGAGUGACUAUGAGCACAAGGGGGUUAGAGAGGCAGACGGCUAUGUGGUAAUGGGGCCCUCAGGUCUUCCUCUCCCUGAAAGCAAUACUGCCCACCAGACCCUUCCAGAUUGGGGAGGCACGGAGUACGUGCCCAUGAAGAGCUUUCCACCAGAGUGCUUUUCCUACAAGUCCAAGGCCCAGAAGCCUGCUCCAGAGCAUAGCAGCAAAAGGGACGGCUGGGGACCUGCAGGUGCUCGGCCCUGCUCUCUGCCGCCGUCAAAGCUGGCUGGGGAGUACGUGUGCAUUAAGUAUGGGGCUCCAGACUUGGUAGAAAAGGACACUGCUAGGCUGGCGCCCUCCGAUGGCUACCUCAAUUAUGUCGACCUGGACCUGGUCCCUCCUCUAGACGCUCGUGGCCACGGCCCAAGGGCCGGCCCGCACAGCUACGCGCGCAUCGAGUUCUAGAACCUCUGGGAGGCGCCGGUGAGCAGACGGGGGCACUGGCCAGCGGAAGAAUGUGAAACUCGCCAAAGUUACCAAUGUCCCCCAUCCCGCUGAUGCCUUCUAACACCCUCUACCGCGACUAAAAGGCCAAAGUCUUGACAUCCAAUCUGAGACUUGCAGAGGCACUGGGUUGCCCCUUGGCCAGCUCUGUUCUUUUAAGGGAGAGAAUUCUAGAACCUCUUCUACCUCCCCCCAACCCCACACCUACCUCUUCCCCAAAUUAUAAACUUCUGGAUUUUCUCAAUUGAAAUCCUGAUCCUGUUUCCCUAAAGAGAUCCUAGAGAAUCAGACUCAGGUGGGCUCUUAGGCCACAGAUGAAGGUUCCCGUUUGGCUUGGUGUUCCUGCACACACCUGCGGUGCCUUAGUGUGAAUUCCUGAGGCCCUAGCUCAAGAAGAAUGGAAGGAUCUUAAAACACCCAGCCUCCUUCUUAGUCCACCUCUCCCAGUCAAGCACAAGCCAGCAGAGCUGACCAAGUCCUUGCUUCCUAUAGGUUCAUCCCCAACUCUGUACUGUGGACCAUCCCCCACCUAUUAAAGGUACCCUGCUGGGUAACUGUC